GCAGGAGGCAAUGGUACUGUGAAGGUUGUGGUGUGUGACAGGAAGAGAAAAGACCCAUUAUUCUUCUCAGCUAUAUGUUAUAACAUGAAAUUAAGCGAAAAAUAACUGGAGACUUGGGUGCAAAACGAUGGCUUUCAGAAACCUUCCAAAUCGUAACGAUGUACUUCAGUGGUCCCCAAAUCAUUUGGCUGACUAUUUCAGAAUGCUGGAUUGGAAAGACUGUGAAAAAGUUGUUAAAAAGAAUGGUAUUACUGGGCAGAGAUUUCUGAGCAUGUCCGAAAAUGACAUUCAGAAGUUCCCUACACUACGGGUGCCACAGAUUCAUCAGCUGUGUCAUGAGAUUAACAAAAGAGAGGGGUCAAGGAGCUUCUUCCCAAAGAGGCAUCAGAAUCAAAUAAUUCAUGAAUCUACAGAUGACAGAUCCAUUGAUGACGUAGGGUGGGACUCAGAUGAAUUUACAGAGGAUGAUGAUGACUAUGAGGACCCAGAUCAAGAGCAAGACUCUGGGGAUGAUGGUGGAGAUUAUGAAUCACCAAAUGAAGAUGGUGAAGGGCAUAAUAGUGACAAUGAUUAUGAACCACCUCCUUCAAAUGAUGAAGAAGCUCAUCAGAUCAAGAUAUGUGCAGCAAAACCAAUCUCCAAUGACUCAGACUAUGCAGAUAAACGGUCAACAAUAAAAUCAACUAACCAUCCACCCAUUCCCCCUCAGCGCCCUGGGUCAGUGCCAAUUACACCAGCUGGAAACAGGGGCAAUAUUACAAACAUGUUCUCCACUCUCACUGUCAAUGAGGAUUCAGGUCAAAGCAAAGAUCGAGGCUUCUCAUCACCUAGUUAUAGAGCUCCUGUUGUCGACAGAAGUAGGAAACCCACUUUGGACCAGUCAGCAUCCGGACACAGUGAAAGAGAUUCCCCUUCAAUGAUGAAGAAAUCUCCAUUUCCAGAAAAGCCUGCCAUGCCUGGACCACCCAGGCCUCCUUUUGGCAACAGAUCUGACCCAUCCCCUAGGAUGCCGAAACCAACCGUGCCAGUGGACAGAAAUAAUUCAUCAUUGGGUCGGAGGCAAACAUCUCCAAGACCAAGUAUACCGGACAGAAGACUUGAUGAUGAAGAAGAUAAUUUUCCUCAGAGACCAUUACCUCGACCAGUUGAUUCUGCUUUGAAUGCCAACACAUUCCCAUACAGAACUCCAAGACCAGGACCUAAGCCCAGCUUCUCUGGAGGGAACCAGCUUGCCAAUCCAGAAAGUCUUUCUCCAAGUGGCUCACUGCCCCCACGUUUUCAACAAGAAACGAAACAAGCUUUUUCAAGAGGUCCAAGUGACCCCAGACCACCUUUGCCUUUACCAGUUAAUAAAGGGCGGCCAAUUCCGCCAGCACCACAGGAACAGGAUUUGUCCAGGGAAUGGUAUGUGAGUGACAUUGGUCGAUCAGAAGCUGAAGCAGCUCUUCGAAGCAUUAAUGAGGAUGGUACUUUCUUAGUGAGAGACAGCUCACGUAGAAACAAUGAGCAGCCUUAUGUCCUGAUGGUACUGUUUGGAUACAAAGUAUACAACAUUCCAAUCCGUUAUCAAGAGGCUACGGAUGUGUUCUUGUUGGGAACGGGACUGAGAGGAAAGGAAAACUUCAGGUCAGUGACAGAGAUUAUUGAGUACCACUCACAAACACCACUUCUACUGAUUGAUGGUAAAGAUCCUAGCGGAGUGCACAGGAAUCAAUGUGUGCUAACAUAUCCAGCAGGCCGAUAAAUACUGCGACUUGCUUUAGAUGGACCUGAAUUACAGGCAACUUGAAGUACAGCCAAGCAGUGAACCUGUCAGCUCCUUUUAUAGGGGAAUCUGUAUAGUCUCACUUGUGUGUCCCUUGAUGUGCUCUGUAUUAUAUUGUGUUCAAAAUGUGACAAAGCCUUUCUUAUUACUUUCCCAAUGGCUGGUUAGCAGUAUAUUGAUGAUGGCAUUCACCCCUUUUAAGAUUAGAUAUUGGUCUCCAAACGGAAACUCCUAACAGGCCUGCUAUCAGAUUUCUCCCUUCAAACACACUGACCCUCCUCUCCUACUGAACACACUGACCCCCUUCCCAUCAACACACUGAACACCCCCAACCAAACACACUGACCCCUCACACUGAACACACUGACCCCCGUGAACACACUAACCCCCACUACAUACACUGACCCCCCCCCCCCAAAACACAAUAACUCUCCUAAAGACACGGUACCCCACUCCGAACACACUGAACCCCCACCCCGAGCACUCUGAUCCCACACCAAACAUUCUGAGCAGCCCCCAUUGAAAUACAGUGAAGCCUCCUGAACACACCGUGCACAUGCCGCCCCCCUGCCCCCCCCCCCCCCCCAGAAAACACUGUGCACCUCCUCUCCUGGAAUACAACUGACCUCUCUGAACACACUGAGCACCCCUCUCCCCAAACACAUUGCCCCCUUGAACACACUGCCCUUUUCCCCCAACUCCUGAACAUACUUCUCUCUGGACAGCAUGAACUGGGUUGGCAGGUAGUAGUUGGGAGUGUGACAUCUACUUCAUGAGCAUAUAAACCACAGCAGAUAGGCUAAGACAACAUUUACCUGGCUGAAUGCUUACCUUUAACAUUUGCCUUGUCAUUUUAUUGUCAAAAGUCCAACCGUGCAGAUCUCACUUUUAUAAAUCAGGGUUAACAAGAAUGUCGCAAUAAAUAGAGCCUCUCAGCAUCUCAAUACCAAACACAAAGGCAUUUCAGCACAACUAGUUUCAUUUAUUGUGAUGGAUAGUAAAAAAUCAUUUCCAAUUUACACAUUGCACUAUAAAAGAAUAUUGCUUCAAUUAUCAAUGUGCAGAAUGUCAUAGGGCAAACUGAGGGUCAACUCUAGGUCGCUGGGGUCGGCCUGAAAUACAGAUUACAAACAGACAUUUGAUAAAACCUGUCACAAUGGCUCACAUUUCAAUUCAUCAAACAACAAACGUGUUUUUUAAAACUUGCAAAACAAUAAUUGUAUCAACCUUUCUCCCCUGAUGUUAUAAUAAUUGCAGUUGUCUAUUAUUCAGAAUAUUACACAAGGUUGGACUGCUAGAUCAUUGUUGUAUACAAAAUAAUUCUGAGAAUUAUAAUAAAGAACAAUUUACUGUA